AUGGACAUUCCUGCAGCUGUAGCGCUGGUAUGCUGGACCCUGUGCUGUUGCUGGGAUUUCCUCGAAGCGGCAACUCUGGGAUCACUGCAUGGUUCCUCUUCCCGGGACGGUGCCGGUUCCUGGUCAGCGUUGCACGGGCGGCCACGGGGCCCCGGCUCGGUAGUGCCUCAUGACUACAUGCUGUCUCUUUACAAGAAACUGUCGGAGCCCGAGAGGAGAGGGAUAAACAGCAGCUUGCUCCGGGCUCGCAGCCAUGCCAACACUGUCACCAGCUUCGUGGAGCAAGACAACGACGGAAUCUCCGUGGGUAAGAAACAGAGAUACCUGUUUGACAUCACCAAACUACAGGACAGCGGAGAGCUGGUGGGAGCUGAGCUGAGGAUUUUCCGGAAAUUGCCGGCUGACCUGCAGGCGGCGCUGUCCCAGGGAGGCAGCAUCUAUCGGAUGUUACUGUAUCAAUGUGAUGAGCCAGGCGAAAAAACACCAGGACGAGUUGAUUCACGGACAGUUGACAUCUUGGAUACCGAUUCAUCUGAGUGGCAAGUGUUCGACGUGUGGGAGUUACUGAAAAGCCACAUCAGUGCAAGCCUGCUGUGUUUAGAUGUGGAAAUAAUUUCCGAAUACUCCCAGGAGGUUUUAGACCCCAGACUGCUGGGAUUUAAUCGCUCUGAUCUGCAGCCCCAGGAAAAAGCGCUUCUCGUGGCGUUCAGCAACACCAGGAAAAGGGAAAACCUUUUCCGGGAGAUCAGAGAUAAGAUCAAGUCACUGGGUGGAUCGUUCUCGCUACCAGCCAGCAAUGAACCCAGUGUCAAGCGCCGUAGGAAAAGGAGAACUGCGUUUUCAGGCAGGCCCAGUAGAGGAAGUGGUAAAAAAGUCAAGUCAAGAUGCAGCAGGAAACCUCUUCAUGUUAAUUUCAAGGAGCUGGGCUGGGAUGACUGGAUCAUCGCGCCUUUGGAUUACGAGGCGUACCAUUGCGAAGGGAUCUGUGAUUUCCCACUCAGGUCCCACCUGGAACCCACUAACCACGCCAUCAUACAAACGCUGAUGAAUUCCAUGGACCCGGAGUCCACACCACCCAGUUGCUGCGUCCCAUCCAAACUCAGCGCCAUUAGCAUUCUCUACAUAGACUCGGGCAAUAAUGUGGUCUAUAAACAGUACGAGGACAUGGCAGUGGAAGCGUGUGGCUGCAGGUAGCACCCGGCCGAAUGGUCGAUUAGAGGCCAGGGGGUUCCCCAAUGCGGAUUUGACACGAGGCUGAGCGCCGCUGGGGGCCGACAAAACGCUAAAAGGCGCCAAGCUGCACUGAGGUGCUGGGAGACAGGAUCGCCCACAGCCCCAGGGGGGUGAAUGGAGACUGGGUGUGUUUGA